AUGCAUGUGCGCAACGCCCUCGUCGCGCUCGUCGCGCUCGCCCUCGGCCCGGCGGACGCGCUCUGGCCCAUCCCCAAGGCGGCCAAGACGGGCGACAAGUUCCUCUUCAUCGACCAGACGGUCAAGGUGACGUACAAUGGCCAUCGGAUCAGCUACACUGCGGGCUACGAGCCGCCCGCGGGCCCCAGGUUCAACAGCAAGGACAUAGUCCAGGGCGGCGUGUCACGCGCCUUGGGCGCCAUCUUCCAGCAGGGCUUCGUCCCCUGGAUGCUCCGCGGCCGCGACGACAAGUACGAGCCGGACCUGCACAGCGCGCCGUCGAGACGCAUCAAGACGCUCGAGAUCACACAGACGGGCAACGACAGCACGCACACGUUCAAGCCGCUCGCGGGCCAGCUCGACGAGUCGUACACGCUCAACGUGACUGCCGACGGGAAGGCCUCGAUCCGCGCCGGCUCGUCCAUCGGCGUGCUGCGCGCUCUCGAGACCUUUUCGCAGCUCUUCUGGAAGCACAGCUCCGGCACCGCCUGGUACACGGCCCUCGCGCCCGUAUCCGUCUCUGACGCGCCCAAGUUCCCGCACCGCGGCAUCCUGCUCGACGUCAGCCGCCACUGGUUCCCCGUCGAAGACAUUAAGCGUACUAUCGACGGCCUGGCCAUGAACAAGAUGAACGUUCUGCAUCUGCACAUCACCGACACCCAGUCGUGGCCGCUCGAGGUCCCCUCCAUGCCGCGCCUCACUGAGUUCGGCGCCUACGCCCCGGGUCUCACCUAUUCGCCCAAGGACAUUGCUGGCUUGUACGAGUACGCCAUCCACCGCGGCGUGCAAAUCAUCAUGGAGAUCGACAUGCCCGGCCACAUCGGCAUCGAAAAGGCCUACCCCGGCAAGUCGGUCGCCUUCAACGCCAAGCCCUACGAGUGGUACUGCUCGCAGCCGCCCUGCGGCUCCUUCAAGCUCAACAGCUCCGACACAUACGAGUUCCUCGACAAGCUCUUCAAGGACCUGCUGCCGCGCGUCGCCCCCUACUCGGCCUACUUCCACACCGGCGGUGACGAAUACAAGGCCAACAACUCGCUGCUCGACCCGGGCCUGCGCACCAACGACUUGGCCAUACUGCAGCCGAUGCUCCAAAAGUUCCUCGACUACGCCCACGGCAAGGUCCGCGCGCAGGGCCUCGCGCCGUUUGUCUGGGAGGAAAUGGUCCUGCAGUGGAACGCGACGGUCGGCAAGGACGUGGUUAUUCAGUCGUGGUUGGGUGCCGGCGCCAUCAAGAAGCUCGCCGAUGCAGGCCACCAGGUCAUCGACAGCAGCAACGAGUUCCUUUACCUUGAUUGCGGUCGCGGCGAGUGGAUCGACUACGAGACGGGGCCGGCCUUCCAAAAGGCCUACCCCUUCAACGACUGGUGCAAUCCGACCAAGAACUGGCGCCUCAUCUACACUCACGACCCCCUCAUCGGCCUGUCCAAGGAGUCGGCCAAGCGCGUCAUCGGCGGCGAGACGCCAGUCUGGACCGAGACCAUCGACCCGGCCAGCGUCGACACCAUCAUCUGGCCCCGCGGCGCCGCCGCCGGCGAGGCCUGGUGGUCCGGCUACCUCGACCCGGACACGGGCCGCAACAGGUCCAUGUACGACGUCCGCGUCCGUCUGUCGGAGCAGCGCGAGCGCAUGCUGGCCCGUGGCGUCAAGGCCACGGCCAUUACCCAGCUUUGGUGCGAUCAGGCCGCCAAGGACGACUGCGCGGGGACGCAGUAG